CCCACCAACAUCGUUGUUAGAAAUCAACCAAGAUCGGAUGACAAAAUCAGUCUUAAUCACCGUUGGAUCAACUAAAUUUGAUAAUCUGAUAGCUCAAUUAGCUGGCAUCUCUAAAGCUCUAUCUAAACAAGGCUAUGAUAGGCUAGUCGUCCAACAUGGGAAGUCACCGCUGCCAAAAGAGUUACCGGGGAAUGUAAAAGAAGCGUUCAACUACGUGGAUAAUCUAUCUGAAUAUAUCAACCAAUCAGAUCUCGUUAUAUCUCAUGGUGGUACUGGGACGAUAAUUGAAACUUUGAGAAGUCAGAAGAAACUUAUAGCUAUCAAUAAUGACAGUUUAGCUGAAGAUCAUCAGCGUGAGUUGAUUAGAAAACUAGCUGAGCUUGGGUAUUGCAUAGAUAGCAACGUAGAGUGAGAUAUAGUUGAUAUACAGGCUUAUACAGUAGAAUAACAUUACAUAGAACCCUAAUUGAUACCAUUAACUCAAACAGUAUAGAUGAAUUCACUCCGGUGAGAUUUCCUGAAUUCAACGCGGAGAGAGUUAGGAGAUUUAUACAUCGUGAAGCGGGUAUACCAUUAUAGAAUUAUUGUACUAUUACCGUUACAUAUCUUUGUUGCAAAAAACUGAUAUCAGAAGAUCAGCAGCUUUACCAAGAACGACGAGGAUAUUGCUCUAAUAUAUGGAGGUUAUAGACGCUACACAAUCAGCGUUCAAUAACACGAACUCAGCUGAUUUUAAAGGCAAAGAAAAAGCUUUGGAAAGUUUGCUCAGCGCACCAAUCAUCUUUCAAGAAGCGAGCCAUCCAGCGAGUAAAGGACUUGGUAUACCUAAUGGCUACAAAGCUAUAAAUGAGGAUGCCAAGACAGCGAAAAAAGAAGGAAAAUCACCAACACAAAACGCGAAUUCCUCAGCUGUCAAUGGCACCACUACCACUGCUAAUGCCUUACCGGCUAAACCGACAGCUAAGGAUAUCUACCCAUGGCCAAUUGCACCCGCAUUUCCGAAAGGCGUGAACAACGUCGGAAAAGGUUUGAGAAAUUUGGGUAAUACCUGCUUUCUCAAUAGUACACUGCAAUGUUUGCUGCAUACACCUUCCCUUAUGAACUUCCUUCAAUCGCAGCAUGCAAAGGGUAGAUCAGAUAACAAAUUCUGCAUGAUUGAAGCACUUAGAACCUGCGCAAAGACUACAUUUUCAGGAUCAGGCGGUAGUUUUGCACCGGCGCCUGUCGUCAGAAAUUUGAAAGCCAUCGCUAGACAUAUGACAGUUGGCAGACAGGAAGACGCACAGGAGUUUUUACGUUACGCCGUUGACGCCCUUCAAGCAUCAUAUUUAUCAAAUUACCCUAAGACUGUCAAAGAGAAACACAGCGAGAGUAAUCCAAUUCACAAGAUAUUUGGCGGUAAACUCAGAUCAAGAGUUUUAUGUCAAAACUCCAAACACGCGUCAGAUACAUUUGACACGUUCCUCGAUUUAAGUGUUAAUGUUAAGGGAUGUAGCAACAUUCAAGAAUCUUUCAAAUCAUUUACUGCAUUGGAUAGACUUGAAGGUGCAAACAAGUAUAAAUGUGAAAAUUGCAAGAAACCAGUCGCAGCUACGAAGCAAUUCACAGUACAUGAAGCGCCGCAAUGUUUGACCGUUCAUUUAAAGAGAUUUUCGCCACUUGGUCAAAAGCUCAACGGUAGUCUCUCCUUUGAUGAAAAUCUUGAUAUUCAGAAAUACAUGAGCAAAGGUCAACAAUCGCCAAAGUAUAGACUCUAUGGUGUUGUUUCACACUAUGGUGGUAGUGCAAGAUCCGGUCAUUAUAUAGCUCACGUUAAGGCACCAAACGGAAGAUGGUAUGAGAUGAAUGAUGACUUGGUAUCUCCAUCUAAGCCACCAUUUGGCUCUAAGAAUGCUUACGUCUUGUUCUACGAAAAAGAGAGAAGCAGCUCAUUAAAAGAUGCAGUACAAAGUGCAACUUCAUCUUCUCCGAACGAAAAAGUACUCGGCAAGCGUAAAGCCAUUGACGAAGGCAUUGAAUCACCACAAAAAACACCAAUUAGAAAUAAAAUGCAACCCAAAAUACAAGCACCUGCUAGUGUGCCAUCGCACAAACCAAAAAGAAUAUCUCUAGAUUCAGCUGCGUCAUCGAAUAAAAAAGCCAACAAAAAGAGAAGAAUGUCUAUGCCAUUAAACAAACGGGAUAUGCUCUCAGAUGAUAUCGGUUCACCUGUUGUACGCCGAUAAAAAACUUAGUUUAUGUACUAGAUAUUAAUAUGGGUAUUAUAAUUAAAGUACAUGCUUUU